AGUUAAAGAUCUAUGACUUGAAUAUUUAAAACAGCAUUUAUGUGACUCUGUUUGAGAUUUAAUUUAACAUAUAGAUUUAUUCGAUGAAUUUGGCAUAUAUCUAAGAGAUAUGAAAGAAUCUAAUUUUGAAUCCUUUGUAUGAUUCUAAUCAUUAAUAAAAUCAAACUAUAAGGAAAUAUAGCAUACUUCCAAAUCUAUUAUGACUACUAUAAUUUAGAAUUGGUGGCAAAAAUUUCAAAAAAGCAAAAACACAAGAAGUGUUGCUGUUAAUUUAUUUCCUAAUAAAACCGAAAAUCUAGUAAAUGAAAUUAAAUUCAGUGAAAUCAAAAUGCUGAUAAUUAUUCAAAACCUACCUCACUUUUAUUCAAAAAAUCAAUAUAAACCUUAUUUUUUUGGAAUUUCUAAAAAAUAACCCAAAAUUUUUUUGUUUUCAAGGAUUUUAAUGAAAAAUUAUGAAUUUGCUCAAAACAUUAAUUGA